GGUGUCUUUCAAUCUGAACGAGGAGCUGACAGUUGUUGAUUGCUCCGGGGAGAAGAUUUCCUCCGUUCGCUCCCCUAGAGAACAUCCAUUCACCAUGCAGACGGUGGGAGGGCAGACCCUCGCUGUCUUUACAGAGAGUUCAGACAAGAUAGCUCUCGAAGGAAUGGUUGUGCAGCGAGCUGAAUGCAGACCUGCAGUCAGCGAGAGCUACAUGAAAUUAAAAAAGCUGCAGAUCGAAGAAUCCACCAAACCUCUUCGUUUUUCCCAGAGGCUUGAGAAAGCCAUCACAACCAAUUACAAACCUGUGUCCAACCACAGUCAUAAUUUGGAAUAUGAAAAGAGAAAGAAAGAGGAAGGCAAGCGUGCACGAGCUGACAAGCAGAAGGUUCUGGAAAUGCUCUUCUCUGCCUUCGAGAAGCACCAGUUCUACAACAUCAGAGACCUGGUGGACAUCACUAAGCAACCGGUGAUUUACCUGAAGGAGAUUCUUCGUGAAAUUGGAGUAUAUAAUUCCAGAGGGCCUCAUAAGAGCACAUGGGAACUAAAGCCAGAGUAUCGGCACUAUCAGGAGGGACAAGAGGAGGAGAAAGAGGCAGAGAAAAUGGAGUAAUCCCAUGUAAAAACUUGUGUUGUGUUUAGUUUAUUGCAACUGUUGUUUCUUUCAUACAAGAUUUGUAUUAGUUCAUUGUUCUUUUCCAAUGAUGUCAGUAUAUAUAUAAAACAGAAUUGUUUUUCUUGAGUUAUAUAACCUAAGUGUUUCUUUAAGAGCAUUAUGAAAUGAAUACUGUAAUUUG